GUCAGCCGGUUAGCAAGGCAUUAGAUUGAAUUGGCGUCAAUCUGAAUCAGCGUGAGAAAAGCUGCAGAUAUCCGAUACGCGCGCGGCCAGUGGUGUGUGGUUGUGCGGUUUUGACCAUGUCGUCUGCAACGGCUGUAGCAAGAGCAGCCUAUAUUUCAACUCCAAGCGUGCCCACCACCACCAACACAUCCACAUCCACAUCCACAAGAAAUCUGAUUGUUUUUGGCGCCACUCCUCCCAAUCCCGCUCUCACUUGGAGAAGAAGAAGGAGAAGAAACUACUCAGCAGGAGCAGGAAGAGGAGGAGGCUCCUCUUUAAGGCAAUUUCCGUCGCUUUCAAGGCCAUUCUUCAGAAUCCCAUGUCACUCUUUGAAUCCCAAAACUGUCUUCACCCACUCCAGACGCUUUUCCCCUGUCAUGGAGUGGCAGGACUGCACGGUGAAGAUGAAAGUAGACGUGCCUAUCUCAGUUGCCUAUAAGUGUUACUCUGAUCGUGAAGCAAUUCCCCGCUGGAUGCCUUUUAUUUCAUCCGUAAAGAUAUUGGAAGACAAGCCUGACCUAUCACGAUGGUCACUGAAAUAUAAAGCCUUUGGUCGUGAUAUUGAAUUCUCAUGGCUUGCUCGAAAUAUGCAGCCUAUUCCAAAUCAGAAAAUCCACUGGAGAUCUAUGGAAGGUCUUCCUAACAGAGGUGCUGUUCGGUUUUACCCAAAAGGUCCAUCAUCAUGCAUAGUAGAACUAACGGUCUCUUAUGAAGUCCCACAACUUUUAACUCCAGUGGCAUCAGCGCUGCAACCUUUUCUUCAAAGCUUACUUAUUCGUGGUUUAGAAAGAUUUGCAACUUUUGCAAAAAGCUACUAAGUCGAGACUCAACUCUCUUAAUCCGGGGGUCCAAAUGGAGACAUGUGGCUGAAGAUCUUGCAUGCUUGCUGUAGUGUUUUUAUAGAUAUAUUGCUCAUGUGCUAUUUCAGUGACUUCCCAUCCCAACGAAAACCAAUUAUUUUCUGGCAGUAUUUCAAUGUGAUUGUAAAGCACUUUCUGGUUUUUGGACUUCUGAUUGGAAAAAAGAAAAUUUUCUUUUGCAAUCUUGUUUCCUAUUCAUCUGGCAAAUCCGCUAGGAGAAAAGCUGUAACGAAUGUUUAAUGUGUCUCUGGCAUGGAAAAUAAAUCAUUCCCUUUCAAUUUA